AAACCAAAUUAAAUGAUCAAUACGAAAAGGCCGUAAUAAUAAAUUAAAUCAGCUGUUUUGAACCGAUCGGAAAGCUGCAAAAACGAUAAAAAAUCACUGAACUAAAUAAAUGAUUUAAUAAAAACCACGAUAAGAGGUUUUCCAAAAUUUUAUUUUUAUUUAAACCUACUGAAAUUAAGUCACAACAUUAGAAACACAUUCUAAAUGACUCAGACACUCGUCUACUCUUGAAAUCUCGUAAUAUCGUAAUAUAAACUUUAAAAAAAGUUACUCUGAAAAUCUUUUUCGAUACCCUGUUUCUUUCCGAAGGUUAAUUUGAUUGUAGAAAAUUAAAAUAGAGUACAAUUAUAUAAAAUACCAUUUGCUUAAAAGUCUUCACAAUCUGCGACAACAACAGUCUUCCAACAACAACAAAAAAUAAACGCUCUCAGUCAAUACUGGAGCCACGCCACGAUCAUUACGGUGCGCAAAGUAAAACUGAACGAUCAGCAAUCAACGCAUAUUCCACAUGCAAAAAUAAACCCUACAUCUCUCAACCUGUGCAAACCCUUUUACGCUGUUGACCGAGCCGAGCGUUUCAUACCUCGCUUAUUUAUGUUCCAUCCGUUGCGCUUUUUACCCUCUGCCGACUCCCGAUCGGUACGAUCACGUCCAAUGCCUUCGGUGCACGUUGUCACCACAUCUGCGCAGAGCUCCGGUCACCAUCGGGAAGGUGAAAAUGGUAAAAAGUGUCCACCCAGCGGUGCAAUUACUGUUUGCCUACGGCAAAUCGAUAAAUCAAUCCUUCCGCCCGGACCCUCACGCCCAGCUUUUCUCUUUGCUUGGAGGCGAGUUGGGUCAGGUGCGUCUAGGGAUCGGACGAAAAACCACCACCUCUCACAUCGUUAUCGCCAUUCGCUAGUUAAAGAUCGCGUUCUAGACACUAUGUCCCGCAUCGUAUCAUUCAUCAGCCCUGUUCCGCUGCUCUUGUUGUUCUCGCUGGCCACACUCCGCGGUGACCCGUUUGUUGCGCUGCGUACAUCCACCACCAAUCGGACGCUGCUCUGCUGGGCCAUAAAACUGUCCCCGACGGCGUACGUCACCGAUGCGGAGUGUGUCCGGUCCUAUCGAAAGCACCAAAUUGUGAUGAUUUAUGGUGACAUUGCACCGAACCGGACCGUACAGGAGCGCUUGGGUCGAAAGGUGGCUGGCUUGCGGCAACCGGCUUGUCGCUAUCGGGUGCCUUCACUGGUGCUGGUCGGUGCCCCGGACGACAGCGAGCGAUCGGUGCUGAAUCGAACGGUACGCAACUUUAUCGCAUCCUACGGUAUGGUGCAACGAAAUCAACAACAACCGACUUGCCGGGAGUGUCAAGUGCUGGCGAUACGACGAACGCUUCCCUGUCCGGUCACACCCGGCACGAUGGCCGUAGUGUACAGCGACUGUCUUAAGCAGCUGGACGCCAUCGAGAUCGAACACGCUGCCAAGGUUACGUCGCAGUGGGACACUUGGGCCUGGACGUUACGGCGAAAGCUCAAAGCAACACUGUACACCGAUCUGGAACGGGUGGGCCGGGCGCGGAUGGAGAUGCUCAACUUUAUGACCGCAGCAAGACGCUGAACCGGUCAACUGGUCAGCGAACGAGUCGUUCGCAUAAAAUGUUGCAGCACGGUCGUAAAAGCUUUAGUCGUUUAAGGUGCAGUCCGGUGCCGAUGUGGACGUGCUUGGUUUGUGUCCUAGAACAGGUGGCGGUACUACUUCUGUACCCUUUCCCGCCACGAGUGGAGAAGCAUUUUAUGGGAUCAAAUGCUGAGUAAAUUCUCACAACAGUUGCAUAUUGAUUGCUCGACACUCGACUCGAUACGUGGGCUGCAAUAAAACAAAUACUGUAGAUGCAUGCGAUAAUGAGGCGACAGGAUUAUUUUAUUGGUCUACUAUUGAAACAGCUUGCAGGUGAAAUAGUUAUUUUUACUGUUUCUAGAUCAGGGGUGCACAAUAUGUAAAAUUUACAGUUUUUUCGCCCGCUAAAGCUUUAUAUUUCGAAAGCUCUUUCAAUUUUAGAAUACAAAUAUUCAACCACGAUGAUUCAACCACGCUAAUUUAAAAAUUAUUUCCUUGCCGUAUACACUAAUCCUUGAUUUAGCAGAAUUUAUA